CAGAGAGAAGCAAUGAAAGGAGGAAGGAAGAAUCUGAAGAGGGCUGUGGAGGAACAGAGCUUGACCCUCAGCGAUGGCCAUUCCAUAAUGCAAGUGCUUUCUCUACGUGGGUCCAUUCUCAUUGAGGUAAUGGAUGCACAAGGAGAGAAAUCCUUGGCAUUGUUUCCCGCUAAGUUUUCGAAGAGCAUGUAGAUUAAACGAGGUUUUUAUGUUGUGGUUGAUGCAAGUGAGAAGGACAAGGUUCUUGAAUCAGGUGGCAAAGUGGCGUGUAUUGUUUCCCGAGUUCUAUUUUUUGAACAAGUUCGUGCACUCCGGAAAUCACCAGAAUGGCCUGAAAUCUUCAAAUCCACGGUUUCAGAUGUUGCAUGUGGAAGUUUGAAGGGACACACCUCCAAACAAGAAGGGAAUGAGAAUGCCAAUGAGGAUCACUCUAGUGAUGAUGAUGGACUUCCUCCGUUAGAAGCCAACAUGAACGGGAUGAGACCGUCUGAAUGGCAAUCAGAGGUAGAAUCAGUUUCGGAUACAAAUUCAGGAACUGAAUCUUAAAUAACUGUAGUAAAUCGACAAUGUGUGCAAUGGAACGGAAAAAACAUAUGACAUUCUCAAAUCUGUGGUCCUGAUUUUUGUUGAAAUGAUUGUAUUUAUUCCAAAUGAUGUACUAAAGAUACAAACACAGCUAAUA